AUGUUCAAGAAUGUGUUUGGUUCGGGUUUUCUGGUGAGAACGGCUCAUGUGGUUUUGACUUGGGUCGUAACGCUGAUCCUCUUCCUUCAUGAUACAGAGCUGAGGAAGCAGGAGGAAACGGGUCAGCUGGUCCAGCCGGUUCUGUUCGUGCUGCUGGUUCUACUGUCAGUUCUUCUUUACUUUGCUGUGUCCCUGAUGGACCCGGGAUUCAUCCUGACUGAUGACAGAGACUUACAGGUCUCUCUGGGGGUGUCGGAGGCGCAGCAGAACAUGAUUGGACCCGGGUCCAAAUCCCUGCGUCGGCGCUGCUGUGGUCACUGUCUGCUGCAGCAGCCAAUGAGAUCGAAGCACUGUCAGACGUGUCAUCACUGUGUCCGCCGGUACGACCAUCACUGUCCGUGGAUCGAGAACUGCGUCGGAGAGAAGAACCACCGCUGGUUCGUUCUGUACCUGGCAGUCCAGCUGCUGGUUCUGCUGUGGGGUCUGCACAUCGCCUGGACGGGCUUCGGUUUGGCCCCCGGCUUGUCUCUGUGGCUGUGGUCCAACGGGGUUCUGCUGACGGUCUUGGUGCUGCUGGUUCUGCUGGCCCUCAUCGUUCUGCUCCUCCUCGGGUCCCACCUGUAUCUGAUCUCCCUGAACACCACCACCUGGGAGUUCAUGUCCCGCCACCGCAUCUCCUACCUCAAACACUGCGGCGUCGACGAGAACCCGUUCGACCGUGGGACCCUGCACAACCUGUGGGGGUUCUUCUGCGUGUGGGGCACCAUGGUCUGGGAGCAGGUCUACUUCAGGGAGGCUAGCGACCCAGUUUAG